AUGAACGGCUUUAGCGACGUCAGUGAAGAGGCUUUCUGGGUCGACCCUAGGUGUAUUGGCGCCAACACCUUUCGAUACCAGGGGAAAGCGCCGGCCCCGAUAACGCAACUUGAGGCAGCCUGUAAGGAUGAUUUGAGUCUACAGGACGUGCCAAAGGUCUCAGCCCUGCGGGGUAUGCGGCUGUUGGGCUGCUUCGGCUCCAAACCUAGCGCCGACAUCGUGGUACGGCAUCCCAGGCUGUUCCACUGGGUGCUGUCCAUCUCAGUCUUAGUCAAGGCCCAUGCAGCUAGCACCGAUCUGUUAGCCUCCUUCUGUUACAUAGUCGCAUCACGCAGGCCGGACGGCUGGGAGCACAUGCCGCACGAUAUCUUAGUGGCGGUGGUGAAGGCGGCCGGGCCGGGGGAGGCGCGCGCGAUGCAUCUGACAUGCAAAGCAUGGCACACGGCCGUGCGCUGCGGCCUCACACAGCUGACACCGCGCCCCAAGCUGUGCUGCUUCGAGGGCGUGCGCUGCUUCUUCCCCCGGGUGACGGACCUGCGGCUGCGCAGAUUCCUCAUCACGGAGAGGGAUGCAGUGCUGCUGGGGGGACUGUCCCGGCUGCAGCACCUGCAGUUCAACGCCGUUGCCUUUGACGGCCGCACCCUCAUCUCAAAAUUAUCCUCCCUGCAGGGGCUGCGCCAGCUGGAGAUGGCCAACGUGGUGGGCGCAUACCCGGCAGAGGGCGAUGCCUUCCUCAAGAGCCUGACUAAGCUCUCCUCCCUGCGCAUGCGCAACGACAGUGCCACUGCCAAACUGCCGCCCAUGCACUGCCUCUCUGAGCUGCGCAGCCUCCAGGAGCUGUCGCUGACGGAGCACCUGCACCUGCUGCUGCCCGGGCUGACUAAUCUGUCCGCGCUGACGGACCUGCGCCAGCUCAGACUCGUCAAGGUGGGCGUAACAAAUGGCGUGUUGCGCUGCGCUGGCGCGCUGACUAAGCUGCAGUCGCUGCACAUCCCCGAUGCCUUCCGCGUGACUGACACCGGCCUACACCACCUCUCGUCUCUCACAGGGCUGACUCACCUGGACUUUUGCUCGCCGAGCCACCGCCGCGACGAGGACAUUACUAACGCGGGCGUCGCCGCGCUGUCAGCGCUGACUAACCUGCGCUCGCUGAAUCUGGCGGGCCACUCUGAGGUGACUGCUGAGGGCCUCGCCUUCCUGGCAGACGCCACCGCUCUCACCUGCCUCGACCUGUCAGGGCUGCCCCUGGGCCCGACAGGAGGCGUGGACUUUUUGGCAUCGCUCACAAAUCUGCGCAGCCUGUGCCUGCAGCGCACGCAGCUGUCCAACGAGCAUGUGCAGCAGCUCGGCAGCCUGACUGCCCUCACCAGCCUCGGCCUUGCCUGGUGCGCGAUCGAUGAUGAGGCGGCGGCCGCGCUGGCGCCGCUGACUAAGCUGGCUGACCUGGACGUGCGUUACUGCCCGAUGACUAAUGCUGGCCUGUGCCAGCUCAGCCGGGCGAUGCCCGAUCUGGCAAUCUUUGCUGUCGAGGGCUGCCCCGCCACAUCCAUCGGCAUCUGGCGGCUGCUGUCACGCCACCGCAAAUUAAAAUUGUGGCUGCCAGAGCAGGACAGGAUGAACCGGGUCAUGAACGUGGCGGACGCGCUGCUGCUGGCUUCAGUGGCGCCCGGGCAGCGGCGGCUGCGGGUGGCGGUGUUUCCGGAGCCGUCCUGGCCGAUGACGGCGCUCGUCUCCACUGGCGUUGUCUCCUUCUUCCUCGCCUACUUUGGCGUCCUCCUGCUAUUCUUCAUGGCGCUCUUCAUGUUCCCCAUCUUCAUGCUGGGCUGCAUCUUCGUGGCGCUGUGCUUGGCGGCUCUGGGGGCGCGCUAUGCUUUGCGCAGCAUCCGCAGCGUGUGGUGCCAUUGCGACUGCGCCUUCUCAAGUUUCCUGCUUGGCCAACAUAACCCCCCGCCGCCACCUCAGCACCACUUCUUAGGCAACCAGCAUGUCUGA